UCCAGUGGCCGCGUGGGGCCGCAAACUGUAUCCGACGCCCGGCAACCAUCACCGGAACGCGGCCGCAGCCGGCCUCAUGUUCGGCCUACACCAUCACCAUCAAGACUCGGGUUCGCCCGGCCUGUCCGGGCUGCACCAUCACCAUCAUCAUCACCAUCAUCACCAGGCCCGCGGACCUGUCACCGGACUCAAAGAAGAACCGCUGGCCAACUCGCAGCUGUCCGUUCCCAGGUCCUGGAUGCAGCCGUCCAUCAUAGAUCAAAGCAGUAUUGGCGUAUCGAGGGCGCACUUCGAAAAACAGCCACCCAGUAAUCUGAGGAAAUCCAAUUUCUUUCAUUUUGUGAUUGCGCUGUACGACAGAUCACAACAACCGAUUGAAAUCGAACGGACGGCGUUCAUAGGGUUCAUCGAAAAGGACCAGGAGUCCGAGUCCCAGAAAACUAACAACGGCAUUCAGUAUAGAUUGCAGCUGUUGUACGCUAACGGUGUACGACAAGAACAAGACAUUUUCGUGCGACUCAUCGAUACCGUUACCAAACAGGCCAUCAUUUACGAGGGCCAAGACAAGAAUCCAGAAAUGUGCCGGGUGUUGCUCACGCACGAAGUCAUGUGCAGUCGAUGCUGUGAUAAGAAGAGCUGCGGCAACAGAAACGAAACGCCAUCCGACCCGGUCAUCAUAGACAGGUUUUUCUUGAAGUUCUUCCUGAAAUGCAAUCAAAACUGUUUGAAAAACGCCGGCAAUCCCCGAGACAUGCGACGGUUCCAAGUCGUCAUAUCGACGCAGGUCACGGUGGAAGGCCCUUUGUUAGCCGUUUCUGACAACAUGUUCGUGCACAAUAAUUCCAAACACGGACGCCGAGCAAAACGUUUAGACCCGAACGACGGCAUGUUCUCUCCGUUACCUGUGGCCACACCGUGCAUUAAACACAUAACGCCCAGCGAAGGAUGGACUCACGGCGGCGCUUCGGUCACCAUACUCGGUGACAAUUUCUUCGACGGCUUACAAGUAGUCUUCGGAAGCAACUUGGUGUGGAGCGAGUUGUUGACUCCACACGCGAUACAAGUACAAACGCCACCUAGGCCGAUUCCCGGUAUUGUCGAAGUAACGCUUUCGUACAAAUCCAAACAAUUUUGCAAAGGCUCUCCCGGACGAUUCGCUUAUAUAUCUCUUAGCGAACCUACCAUCGAUUACGGUUUCCAGAGACUGCAGAAAUUCGUGCCCAGAUAUCCGGGAGAUCCGGAAAAAUUGCCAAAGGAAGUGAUUCUCAAACGGGCCGCAGAUCUCGCCGAAGCUCUAUACACGAUGCCCCGAAACAAUCAGCUGUCAUUGUCGUUACCCAGGUCGCCUUGCUCUCGAGACCGGGAGAUCAACAACAUGUCGUCGACAACCGCUGGAUCAGCUGGCACCGGGUUUAACCCGUAUACGGGGCAAUUGGCGGUCACCGUACACGACCACGGCACAGCCGGCCAAUGGAACGAGGAUGACUACGGUCGCGGCCAGAGCAGCAGCGUGUCUCCCAGAGGCGGUGGAUACGGUUCGAGUGCUUCGACUCCGCAUUCCACAAACGGUACCAACAGCAGCACUUACAUCAACAAUCCACCGACCAGCGGCGGAGGCGGCGGAGGUGGCAACGGGGGAAGCGGAAGUGGCAAUAUCAUCAGCAACGGGAAUCCGUCUAACAACACGAAUAACGGAUCCGGCUCCAAUUCCGGUUACAAUAGUUCCAGCAUGCCCAACACCACUUCCGCAUCGGUGCAGCUGACCAACAUGAACUCUCCUACGCCCACCUCUCACCCGUCGCUGUUCAAUUCCUCUUCGAGAAUGGGCACUUUAGUGACUUCGCCGUUCGCCAUGAACCCAUUCGCACUCCCCAACUGCAACGGUCAACCGUACGCGACCAGUCCCCUUAUCAGCUCCUCGGCAAAAUAAGCGUCGUAUACCGCCAGUGUCUAGACAGCACGCUGUUUAAGGAAAUAACAUUAACGAAACACUUAUCAACUAAUUGUUAUGGAAAAUAUAAAAUACAAUGUAUGUCGCAGUACCAAACGUAGGUAUGUUAUACAUCAUCAGUACAAUACCAUAGUACCUAAAUUGUAAAUAGUUUUAAAAUUAAAGAAAACAUAUAUAUAACAUAUAUUAUACUCUAUUCGCGUUUAGAAGGAACCUCGGAGGCCGACUUGUAUGCUACGGGCGUGCUCCAUUAGUGUGGCCGCUAAUGCUCUUUUUAAAUGUGAAUAAAUAUUAUUUUUGUAAAAAAAAAAAUUAUAUAAUAAAAACAAAUACUAUAAUAUUAUAUGAAAAUGUAUUUAUAUU